UUUUUCUUAUUUGUCCUUGAAUUAUAAACUAACGAUGGUUUUAUCACGUCGUAAUAAUCCUAUUAUAUUAAUUUUAAUAUUUAUAAUAUCAUUAUUUAUAACAUUAUCAUUAUAUAAUAUUGUUUUAUCAACAUCAUCAUCAAAACGUGAUAAUAAGGCCGGUGUUGAAACAAAACCUGAUCAAACAUUAAAACAAUGGACUAAAUUGAAUAAUGAUGAUUUGCAACGUUUUAAUCAAACAUUGAAACGAAUUUUGGUACCAAGAGUUGUUGAUACACCUAGUCAUGCUAAUGUUAAAAAUUUUAUUGUUAAUUAUCUAAAUAAUCUUGAAUGGACAGUUGAACAGGAUGAAUUUGAAACCAAUACACCGAUGGGACGGAAAAAAUUUACAAACAUUGUUGGAACAUUAAAUCCACAAGCAUGUAAACGUAUUGUUUUGGCAUGUCAUUAUGAUUCAAAAUAUUUUCCGGAUUUUGAUUUUUUGGGUGCAACCGAUUCAGCUGUACCUUGUACAAUGAUUUUAGAAUUAUUACGAAAACUUGAUCCGAAAUUAAAACAACAUAAAAAUCAGAAUGAUGAUAUAACACUGCAGGUGAUUAUGUUUGAUGGUGAAGAAGCAUUUCAACGUUGGACAAAUGAUGAUUCCCUAUAUGGAUCACGUCAUUUAGCUGCACGUUUAAAUUCAUUAUCAUCACGAUCGAAUUUUUGUCCACGCAAUGUUGAAACCGAACUGGAUCGAAUACAAGUAUUAAUCCUAUUGGAUUUAAUUGGUGAAGCUAGUCCAAGAUUUUGUUCAUAUUAUUCGAAAACACAGAAAAUGUUUGAUCAUUUAUCUCGUAUUGAACGAAAAUUAAAUCGUUUUAAAUUAUUGGAAACAAAUCGUUUAAGUGGAACAAAUUAUUUUUCACGUUGUCCAUUUUCAACAUCCGAAAUUGAAGAUGAUCAUAUACCGUUUCAAAAACUGGGAGUAAAUAUUUUACAUAUCAUAUCGACACCAUUUCCAUUAAAUUGGCAUCUUGAAGGUGAUGAUGGCCGUAAUCUUCAUCAUCCUACCAUCAAUAAUCUAAUGAAAAUAUUUCAAAUAUUUAUUCUUGAAGAAUUGAAAUUAAUUUGAACCGAAAUAAUCCGUUAACCCUUUAACCCUUUAAUCCAAUUCGAUGAUGCAAAAUCAAUCAAUCAAUAACUAAAUCAAAAUCAAAUGGCAUAAUUUUUCCAAAAACAUUCCUUUAUUUCGUUUGUC